CAUACGUCUCUGUUCUUCUCCAAAGAGCAAAGACCAAAAGACCAAAGACCUUGUUCUUCAACUAUGGCUAACAUUCCUGAAUCCUCUGAUUCCAAGGGACCGAAGCGGGACUUCAGCACUGCGAUUUUGGAGCGCAAGAAAGCGCCGAAUCGGCUUGUUGUUGACGAGGCAAUCAACGAUGACAACUCUGUCGUCGCUCUUCACCCGGAUACCAUGGAGAAGCUCCAGCUCUUUCGCGGCGACACCAUCUUGAUCAAGGGAAAGAAAAGAAAAGAUACAGUCUGUAUUGCACUUGCUGAUGACACCUGUGAGCAACCAAAAAUAAGAAUGAACAAGGUUGUCAGAAACAACCUUAGGGUUAGGCUUGGAGAUGUUGUCUCCGUGCAUCAAUGUGCUGAUGUCAAAUAUGGAAAGCGAGUCCACAUUCUUCCUGUGGAUGACACUAUUGAAGGGGUAACUGGGAAUCUCUUCGAUGCCUACUUAAAACCUUAUUUUCUGGAGGCAUAUCGGCCAGUGAGAAAGGGUGACUUCUUCCUUGUGAGAGGGGGGAUGAGAAGUGUAGAAUUCAAGGUUAUUGAAACUGAACCUUCUGAGUACUGUGUUGUUGCCCCAGACACAGAGAUCUUCUGUGAAGGAGAGCCUGUUAAAAGGGAGGAUGAGAAUCGAUUAGAUGAGGUUGGUUAUGAUGAUGUUGGUGGUGUCAGAAAGCAGAUGGCACAGAUUCGGGAACUAGUGGAACUGCCGCUGAGGCACCCACAGUUAUUCAAGUCUAUUGGUGUUAAGCCACCAAAAGGAAUUCUGCUGUAUGGACCCCCUGGGUCUGGUAAGACUUUGAUUGCUCGAGCAGUUGCAAAUGAAACUGGUGCCUUCUUUUUCUGCAUCAAUGGCCCUGAGAUCAUGUCAAAACUGGCUGGUGAGAGUGAAAGCAAUCUGAGGAAGGCAUUUGAGGAAGCAGAGAAGAAUGCACCAUCCAUCAUCUUCAUCGAUGAGAUAGAUUCAAUAGCUCCAAAGCGGGAGAAGACUCAUGGUGAAGUUGAGAGGAGGAUUGUUUCUCAGCUAUUGACCCUCAUGGAUGGGCUUAAAUCGCGUGCCCAUGUAAUUGUUAUGGGAGCCACAAAUCGCCCCAAUAGCAUUGACCCUGCCCUUAGAAGGUUUGGAAGGUUUGAUCGUGAGAUAGAUAUUGGUGUUCCAGAUGAAGUCGGGCGUCUUGAGGUUCUUCGAAUUCAUACAAAAAAUAUGAAGCUCGCUGAAGAUGUUGAUUUAGAAAGGAUUGCAAAGGACACACAUGGAUAUGUUGGUGCUGAUCUUGCGGCUUUGUGUACUGAAGCUGCACUUCAAUGCAUCAGAGAAAAAAUGGAUGUGAUUGACUUGGAAGAUGAGUCAAUUGAUGCUGAGAUAUUGAACUCCAUGGCAGUGACAAAUGAGCAUUUCCAUACUGCUCUUGGAUCAAGCAAUCCUUCUGCUCUCCGUGAAACAGUUGUCGAAGUUCCCAAUGUCAGCUGGGAAGAUAUUGGUGGUCUUGAAAAUGUUAAGAGGGAACUCCAAGAGACUGUUCAAUAUCCAGUGGAACACCCUGAAAAAUUUGAGAAGUUUGGAAUGUCUCCUUCAAAAGGGGUUCUUUUCUAUGGUCCUCCUGGGUGUGGUAAAACACUUUUGGCAAAAGCUAUUGCCAAUGAAUGUCAAGCAAACUUCAUCAGUGUCAAAGGUCCUGAGCUACUCACUAUGUGGUUUGGAGAAAGUGAGGCUAACGUGAGGGAAAUUUUUGACAAGGCUCGUGGUUCAGCUCCAUGUGUCCUAUUCUUUGAUGAACUUGACUCUAUUGCAACUCAGAGAGGUAGUAGUGUAGGAGAUGCUGGCGGUGCUGCUGACAGGGUUUUGAACCAACUGCUUACAGAAAUGGAUGGGAUGUCAGCAAAGAAAACUGUGUUCAUCAUUGGGGCCACUAAUCGACCUGACAUUAUUGACCCAGCUCUUCUGCGUCCAGGCCGUCUAGACCAGUUGAUUUAUAUCCCCCUCCCAGAUGAGGAUUCACGCCAUCAGAUAUUUAAAGCUUGCUUAAGAAAAUCCCCGAUCUCAAAGGAUGUUGACAUUAGAGCUCUUGCAAAGUACACUCAAGGUUUUAGUGGUGCUGAUAUUACUGAGAUUUGCCAGCGUGCAUGCAAGUAUGCCAUAAGAGAGAACAUUGAGAAGGAUAUUGAGAGAGAAAGGAGGAGAAGAGAUAACCCUGAGGCCAUGGAAGAGGAUAUUGAGGAUGAGGUAGCAGAAAUCAAGGCAGCUCAUUUUGAGGAAUCAAUGAAAUAUGCACGAAGGAGUGUAAGCGAUGCUGACAUUCGCAAGUACCAGGCAUUUGCCCAAACAUUGCAGCAGUCAAGAGGGUUUGGUACUGAGUUUAGGUUUGCAGAUUCCAACUCUGGUGGUGGUGCUGCAUCUGACCCAUUUGCAGCUGCUGGUGGAGCUGAUGAAGAUGAUCUUUACAGUUAGGUCAACUUGUAUGUUGGUUGCUUAUUCAAGAAUGCCAGUGCUAUCUUUUUUUAUGUACUACUCAUUUUGUGAAUGAAGUCUCUAAGGCUUCAUUUGGAUUAUUCUGAAGCUAUGUUGCUCCGUUCUUAAGUGCCAACACAUUGUAUUAACAAAAUUUUACGCACAAAUUUACACUCUUUUUCGUGCCAUAAGAUUUUUUGGAUAUUAAACUUUUUCUUUGCAAAUUUAUAUUGUACACCAAACUUGUUAUUUCGUUUUGUUUUCUAAGUGUUGUUCAGAG